UGACAUGUGACAAGUUGUAGCAAAGCAAAGCAAUACAAAAAAAUCUAGCAAAUAAAUAAAAACUUAAGUUAAUACAGUCCUAAUGUAUUAAAAUAUAGUAUUCUUUCAUGUUAUUCUGUACAAUGUGAUUGGAGACUAGUGAGGAAUUUUUACGAUUUGAAACAUAACCUUCUCCAUGUAAUUGAACCGAAAUUGCCGAAAUAUUUUGGCCCUUGUUUUAUUUCACUUCUUUAACUUAUUGUAGUAAAUAAAAUGACUGAAAAGCAAAUAGGAUUUUUAUACAAAGUAGCUGCUAGAUUAGCAACUGUACCAAAAGACGAAUCACAAGUAAAACACCUAAGAAGUUAUUACAUGAUGAGGUGUAUAGAAAUAACAAAGGGUUAUGGAUUACCACAGCAACAAUUUUCUGUCAAAAAUCGUUGUCCACAUUGUUGUUUAGAAUGGACAAGAAAUACUGGCACAAAAGUCAAAUCUUUACAACUAAGUAAGAGACAGAGAAAAAGAAUCAAGAGAAACAAAUUAAAAAAAGAUUUAUUGUACAGCAAUAAGCUUGAACAAACUUGUAACUUUUGUAAACACACCACUACUAGGACAGUUUUAAAACCUAAAUUGGAAAAUAAAGCACUCAUUAAAGUGGAAGCUGGACAUACAAAAAGCAAAAAAUCCAAAAAUGUAAUAGAAAAAAAAGAGGACCAAAAAUCAACUGAUAAAAAUCAAAUACUAAAUGCAUAUAUCACAUCAAAGGAUGUGUUUUCAUUGAGUAAUAAAAACAAUACACUAUCUAACACUAUAAAGGAAAAACCAAAACUAAUCAAGAACAACAAAAGGAAAAAGGAUAAAUUUGCCGGCUUAUGUAAACAAGCAGUGCUAGCUUCUGCUAAAUUUAAAGUGGAAAAAGAAAAGCCC